CCAUACUUCCCAGCAUGGAGGUGAAGAACUUUGAAGUUUGGGAUUAUGUCGUCUUUGCAGCCCUCUUUGUCAUUUCCUCUGGAAUUGGGGUGUUCUUUGCCAUUAGGGAGAGAAAAAAGGCAACUUCAAGGGAGUUUCUGGUUGGGGGACGGCAAAUGACCUUUGGCCCCGUGGCAUUGUCUCUGACAGCCAGCUUCAUGUCCGCUGUCACUGUCCUGGGGACCCCGGCUGAGGUCUACCGCUUUGGGGCAUCCUUCAUCAUCUUCUUCAUUGCGUACGCAUUUGUGAUCCUCUUCACGUCAGAGCUCUUUCUCCCUGUGUUCUACAGAUCUGGCAUCACCAGCACAUAUGAGUACUUACAACUACGAUUCAACAAGCCAGUUCGCUAUGCAGCCACAGCCAUCUACAUUUUGCAGACGAUUCUCUACACAGGAGUGGUGGUGUAUGCUCCUGCUCUGGCCCUCAAUCAAGUGACUGGGUUUGAUCUCUGGGGCUCUGUGUUUGCAACAGGAAUUGUUUGCACAUUCUACUGUACCCUGGGAGGACUAAAAGCAGUGGUGUGGACCGACGCAUUUCAGAUGGUUGUCAUGACUGUGGGCUUCUUAACAGUUCUCAUUCAAGGAUCAGCCGAUGCUGGUGGAUUACACAAUGUAUUAGAGCAAUCAGCCAAUGGAUCUCGACUAAAUAUAUUUGACUUUGAUGUAGAUCCUCUCAGGAGGCACACUUUUUGGACAAUCUCAGUGGGAGGAACUUUUACAUGGCUUGGAAUCUAUGGAGUUAAUCAGUCGACCAUCCAGCGAUGCAUCUCUUGCAAAACAGAAAAACAUGCCAAGCUAGCCUUGUAUUUCAACUUGUUGGGCCUCUGGGUCAUUCUGGCAUGUGCUGUCUUCUCUGGCUUAAUCAUGUACUCCCACUUCAAAGACUGUGAUCCCUGGACUUCUGGUAUCAUCUCAGCACCAGACCAGCUGAUGCCAUACUUCGUCAUGGAGUUAUUUGCCACAAUGCCAGGACUCCCAGGACUUUUUGUGGCUUGUGCCUUCAGUGGAACUCUGAGCACCGUGGCUGCCAGCAUCAAUGCCUUAGCAACAGUGACGUUUGAGGAUUUUGUCAAGAGCUGUUUUCCCCAUCUCUCCGACAAGCUGAGCACCUGGAUCAGUAAAGGCUUAUGUCUCUUGUUUGGCAUAAUAUGUACCUCCAUGGCUGUGGCUGCAUCCCUCCUGGGGAGCGUUGUACAGGCUGCCCUCAGCAUCCACGGCAUGUGUGGGGGACCGAUGCUGGGCUUGUUCUCUCUGGGAAUCCUGUUCCCUUUUGUGAACUGGAAGGGUGCCCUAGGAGGCCUUCUGACUGGGAUCAUCUUGUCAUUUUGGGUGGCCAUUGGGGCCUUAAUUUACCCUGCACCAACCUCCAAGACAUGGCCUUUGCCUUUAUCAACUGACCAGUGUGUCCCAUCAAAUGUGACAGAAUCAGUGCCUCCACUGCUGUCCAGCAGACCUGCCAUUGCUGAGACCUGGUAUGCGCUCUCCUACCUAUACUACAGUGCAGUAGGCUGCCUGGGAUGCAUGGCUGCUGGAGUAAUCAUCAGCUUUGCGACAGGUCACCAAAAGGGCAAGGAUAUUCAACCGCUGCUAAUUAGACCGGUUUGCAAUUUAUUUUGCUUUUGGUCCAAGAAAUACAAAACACUGUGCUGGUGUGGUGUUCAGCAUGACAGUGGAACAGAGCAGGAAAACCUUGAGAAUGGCAGUACCUGGAAACAAGGGGCUGACUCUGUCUUACGAAACGGCCUCAGGCGAGAAAGCCUGGUCCAUGUUCCAGGCUAUGAUCCCAAGGACAAAAACUAUGACAACAUGGCUUUAGAGAAGAUUACCCAUUUCUAAGGCAACAC